UAUGGCCGGCAAUUGCAAGAAAAACAAAACAAAUUUCUAACAAAUUUCAACAGGUUUUGGAAGAAUUUAUAGAAUUUUAAAUUAAAUCUUUUUAUAAAAUUAAUUUUUGGAAACAAAUUAUAUUCCUUAAAAUACCAUGUCCCGUUUUGCACCCGAAAACGUAGAAGUUUUUAUCAAUGACUUUCUCAAAGAGGAUCUCAAACAUUUGGAACAGUACAUCAAUGUUUACAACGAGGAAAUUAUGGAAUAUAUACAACUCAAAAACACCAUCGAAACCAUGCGUGAUAACUUGGAAGAGGGCUAUAAAACUCAAAUGAAUAUUGGUGGUAAUAUUUUCAUGGAGGCCAAGGUCAACGAUUUAAAUACUAUUCUAGUGGACAUAGGCAAAGGUGUCUUUAUACAAUUUACCCUGGAGGAAGCUUUAAAAUUUGCAGAUUUUAAGAUUAAAAUAUUGAAUAAAGAAUGUGAUGUGCUGCGAGAGGAGAGUAUUAAGAAGAAGACAGAAAUUAAAUUGGCUUUGAUGUAUAUUGCGGAAAAGGAACAGUUGGUGGAGAAGCCGAAGGAUUAGUGGUGAAAGUUAGUUAUGAAGUGGAAUAUUAGUAAAUUAAGUAAAAAACAUUGUGAUUUUGUUAGAGUGCAUUUUGUAAAUUAAAGUUUUAUAAAAUAUUACAAGAGUAAA